AUGAAAAACGUCCAUGGUGUACUUGAGGAACGUGAUCCAAGUUAUGACGAGAUGCUCAAGCACAUGGUUGGGAGAAUCACUACUAAGCCUGGAGGAAAACCAGAAAUGGGUGAAGCUUCCGUUGUACAGCGGUACAACAGACCGCUCCCACAGGUCAGAACAUCAAAGGCUGAACCUGGGCAAAGUGGGGGCAGGCAGCUACCAUCAGGUGCCCUAAAUGUCCAGCACAUCCAGGAGAUAAUCCAACUGUACCAAGGAAAGUCUGCUAACCACCAGGGUCCGAUGAGUGUGGCUGACAUCGCCUCGAGGUUCAGAGUCGAAGCCUCUGUCGUCCGAAACAUUGUACAGUUCGUUUCGCUGCCCCAGGACGAGACUGUCUAG